AUGGCUGCGGCGGCGGCGUCGGCGUGGGACGGCCCGACGGCGGGCGAGCUGAAAGCGGCCGGCGCGGAGGCGAUUCCGGGCGGCGUGCGGGUGAAGGGGUGGGUCAUCCAGUCCCACAAGGGGCCCAUCCUCAACUCCGCAUCUGUGAGCCUAUAUGAAGAUAAACUUCAGACGACACAUUUACCUGAGAUGGUGUUUGGAGAGAGUUUUGUGUCUAUUCAGAAUGCUCAAACUGGCGUCAAAUUACAUUUCAACGCGCUUGAUGCUCUCAAGGCAUGGAAACAAGAGGCAUUGCCACCUGUUCAAGUUCCGGCUGCAGCAAAAUGGAAAUUCAGAAGGCAAAGAACCAAGAGAAGGUUCAUUCAGUAUAUGUUUUCUUGCAGUAAUCCUGCUGACCAAGUGGUACUUGACUAUGACUAUACAUUCACGACACCAUACUGUGGGAGUGAUGUGGUUCUGAACCAAGAUGCUACGCAAACAAGUUUAGAUGAAUGUAGCAAUUUGUGUUGGGAGGACACUGAUGACAGGAUCGACCUUAUUGCCCUUUCUGCAAAAGAACCAAUUCUUUUCUAUGAUGAGGUUAUCUUGUAUGAAGAUGAGCUAGCUGAUAGCGGUAUCUCAUUCCUUACAGCGCGAGUGAGGGUGAUGCCAACCGGUUGGUUUCUGCUCUUGCGCUUUUGGCUUAGGGUUGAUGGUGCGCUGAUGAGAUUGAGGGAUACCCGUUUACAUUGUUCUUUUGGAAGUAAGGAAGCGAAGCCGGUUGUACUGCGUGAACUCUGCUGGAGGGAAGCAACAUUUGCUGCCAUGUCUGCGGAGGGCUAUCCUUCCGAUUCUGCGGCAUACGCAGACCCGAAUCUUGUCGCCCGCAAGCUGCCCGUCGUGAUGCAGAAGACCCAGAAGCUGAAGAUACCGAGUUAA